AUGGGCGAUAACCGUGAAGUAUUUACGACGAUUAAAAAGAAGCCUGGUGUUGGAUAUCCGGUCUUGACACCUAAUAUCCGUGGUGUAGAUAAUGCAUCUGCAGCCGGUGCAUCUGAGGUGGCCAUGUUUGCAGCAGUCACUGAAACAUUCAACCGAAAGAACACAAACUGCUCGACCGAAGAAGCUAUGGAUCGCAUGGUGGACGUGACUAAGGCUGCACUUGACAAAGGCCUCAAAGUUCGAGGUUACGUCUCAUGUGUCCUGGGAUGCCCAUAUGAAGGCGUAGUAUCACCUAUUGCCGUUGCACAGAUGGCAAAGAAAAUGUACGAUGCCGGUUGCUAUGAGAUCAGUCUAGGCGAUACGAUUGGUGUCGGGACUGCCGGCUCAAUGGGGCGGAUGCUGGAUGAAGUGCUCAAGGUGGUUCCAGCCGACGCCUUGGCUGUCCAUUGUCAUGACACAUACGGUCAAGCGCUGGCCAACAUUUUGAAGGCACUCGAGUACGGUGUUCGAGUUGUAGAUAGCUCAGUAGCAGGUCUCGGUGGUUGUCCUUAUGCGCCUGGUGCCAAAGGCAACGUAGCCACAGAGGAUGUGGUAUACAUGCUCCACGGCAUGGGCUUUGAGACCGGUGUCAGCCUGGAUUCUCUUGUUGAAACGGGACGGUGGAUCUCUGAGCAACUGGGUCGCGAGACCAACUCUCGCGCUGGAGCGGCAUUGAUGACCGUCAAAGCACGUCGUCAAAGCAAAAUUUAA